GAGAAGUGGCCUUCCAGGCACGGGGCUGAGUGCAAACGGGGAGAAACAGCCCGCCUCAGUUCAGGUUAGGCACACGCGAAGGGCAGCCCCGAGCACCUUCCCAGAAGCCCCUGCGCCGCCUGGGUCCUGACGGGCCGUCUGCUCUUCCGCCGCACGUGUCUUCAGAGCGAUGCCCAAAUCCAAGCGAGACAAGAAAGUUUCCUUGACAAAAACUGCCAAGAAAGGCUUGGAACUGAAACAGAACCUGAUAGAAGAGCUUCGGAAAUGUGUGGACACCUACAAGUACCUCUUCAUCUUCUCUGUGGCCAACAUGAGGAACAGCAAGCUGAAGGACAUCCGCAAUGCCUGGAAGCACAGCCGGAUGUUCUUUGGCAAAAACAAGGUGAUGAUGGUGGCCCUAGGUAGAAGCCCAUCUGACGAGUACAAAGACAACCUGCAUCAGGUCAGCAAGAAGUUGAGAGGUGAAGUUGGGCUCCUUUUUACCAAUCGCACGAAGGAGGAGGUGAAUGAGUGGUUCACAAAGUAUACAGAAAUGGAUUUUGCUCGAGCUGGGAAUAAAGCAACUUUAACCGUGAGCCUGGAUCCAGGACCCCUGAAGCAGUUCCCUCAUUCCAUGGAGCCACAGCUGAGGCAGCUGGGCCUGCCCACUGCCCUCAAGAAAGGUGUGGUGACCCUGCUCUCUGACUAUGAAGUGUGCAAGGAGGGCGAUGUGCUGACCCCGGAGCAGGCCCGUGUCUUGAAGCUUUUUGGGUAUGAGAUGGCUGAAUUCAAAGUGACCAUCAAAUACAUGUGGGAUUCCCAGUCAGGAAGGUUCCAGCAGAUGGAUGAUGACCUGCCUGAGAGCGCACCUGAGUCUGAGGGAGACUCUGAGGAAGAGGAUGACAGCUGACUCUAGGACAUGGGACUAAGGCUUUCCAGCAAGUUCUGCCCCUCCAGUGAAAGACCAGGACUGCUGUCAUCCCUCUGAAGACAGCAGCUAUUUAUUUUGCUAUGGAUAAAGACAAUGGAGGAUGCUGGGGCAGGACUUUGUUUCUACAAUGAAUAAAGUUUGGUCCACAGGGUUUUCCCUGUAGACAUCAAGAGACUUUUUCUAG